CGACCAUGUCGGGCUGGUUCUCCUACUUCACCGGCCGGGGCGCGUCCGCCAAGGACUCGACGCGCGAGGCCAUCGUCAACCUCCGCGAGCACCUCCUCAUGCUCGACAAGAAGGAGGAGUUCCUCGGCAAGAAGAUCGACGACGAGGUCCGCAAGGCCAGGGCCAACGCCACCACCAACCCGAGAGUCGCCAAGGCCGCGCUGCGGCAGAAGAAGCUGUACGAGCAGGAGCUCGAGAACAUCGCCGGCCGCAAGAUGACGCUCACGACCCAGGUUAACGCGAUCGAGUCGGCCAACAUGAACAAGGAGACGCUCGAGGCCAUGAAGCGGGGCGCAGACGUCCUCAAGGGCAUCCACGGCAAGCUCAACGUCGACAAGGUCGACGCGACCAUGGACGAGGUCCGCAACCAGCUCGAGCUCACGAACGAGAUCUCGCAAGCCAUCUCGGACCCGGCCGGCAUGGGCAUCGACGUCGACGACCAGGAGCUUGCCGACGAGCUCGCCGAGCUCGAGCAGGAGGAGCUCAACAAGCGGUUGGCCGGCGCCGAGGCCGCGCCGCUCCACGCUCCGAGUGCAGCGGUCCCUGCAGCCGCCUCGAAGACGCCGGCCCAGAGGAUAGAAGAGGACGAGGAGGAGGCCGAGCUGCGAGAGCUGCAGGCGCAGCUCGCCAUGUAGGCGUCGCCUGCGUCGCUCGACUCGCCUCUCCCUCCAACACCGCGCCCUCGUCCGCCUCGCCUCGACACGUCCUCACUACUCGUCCGACCAGCCGCCGGUUCCACCUACGCCUUUCCCUGCGCCCCUGUCGUUACCUCACCUUGCGCCACUCUUCUACAGUCGACUCGCCUUCGUCUUGUGCGUGCCUCCCGAGCCACUCGUCCCGUUCCCGCCCCCCCUUCCCACCUCGAUCCAGACUCAAUUCGUCCCCCGUCGCCAGCGCCUUUGUCACCCCUCCUCGUCCUCGUCCGACCGCACCGGUGUGCUGUAACGCGUAAUCUCUC